AUGGGUGAAAAGAAGAAGGCUGGUGCUAUGCUGGUGAGGCUUGUCUCGGCUGCCGGGACUGGGUUUUUCUACGUGGUGAAAAAGACAAAGAGGCUUCAGAGCAAUAACAUAAAGCUCGAGUUCCGAAAGUACGACCCUCGCUUAGAUGCUACCUAUUAUGAUGAGCUCGAUCGGAUAUUCGAUGAAAUUAAAUUGAGAGCCACCCAAAGAUCGAAUUUGCUUACCAUAUCAGCAUUACUCCUUCCAAAAUUCUUUUUAUCACACAAGUACCUGUGUUCGGCGACUCCUCUUAAACAGCACCAUGAUGACAUGGCAGCACCCGGAAUCUGA